CUCAGCGCGACUCUUUAAGUCUCGAGUGCCGCAGACGGUGAAACUGCUACUCUAGUUACAAGUCCAAAUCAGCUACUCUCGUGCUUUGUUAUUCAAAAGGUCAAGCACUUGAAGUAACCAUGGCCAUCAAUACCGUUGCGUCUCUAUACCGUCGGUCACUCAAAUUGGCACUUGAUUGGGCUGUCCACAGGUAUAUUUGGCGCGGACAGGCGGUGUAUAUCCGAUCAUUGUUUGAUGCCAAUAAGAAUGUUCGUGACCCUCGACAGCAGAAGGUUUUAUUGCAAGAGACAGAGCGGCUAUUGGAAACUUGGAAACACCCGGAUGCUUACCGACCCCCUACUGCCCCAGGUGGAUCUAAAUACGAGAGAAACCUUCCUUGUCGACAACUACCUCGUACGUUCUAAUAUUAAACCUAUGCUUCUAUGAUCUCGUUGGAACUGAGGACUCUACAUAGAUGCCUCCGAACAUGGUGUACAGGCACACUAGCCGUGAUCAUCGGUAAGAUGCCAGGCUAUUUACGAACGAUUCCGGUCAGACACGGUUCCUGUCCCGCACAAAAUUGCACUUAGGCUUGAAAGGAUCAAGGUCUGGAUUAGAAUAUUGGAAUGCUAGCCUAAGACGAGUAUUUCCGCAGUCAAUUGGCUUUCAAAGCAUUAUAAAACUAUUUAUUACUACGCUUAAUAGCAG